AACCAAGCAGAACUGAGCUCAAUUGAUCUUCUACGUGCAUGGUUAUUCACUUGAAGACUCAAAACGUUGAUGUAUUCCCAGAGGGCUACCCAAAAUACCGACGACGUUGAAGAGAGACGUCGACUUAGAGAAUAUGCAGCAAUUCGCACCUGACGCUUACACGGUCGGCUGGAUAUGCGCCAUAAAGCCAGAACUCGUAGCUGCGAGAGAAUUUCUGGACGAAGAGCACGAGGGACCGGACUGUGUAUCCCCGAACGACAAUAAUAGUUACACUCUAGGGUGAGCUGGGCGGCAUAAUGUUGUCAUUGCAGGCUUGCCUAGCGGAGAGUAUGGCUUAUCCUCCGCGGCAUGCGUCGCAAGAGACAUGCUACACAGCUUUCCAAACAUCAGAAUCGGUCUAAUGGUGGGAAUCGGUGGGGGUGUACCAAGCCGAAAGCAUGACAUCCGUCUGGGUGAUAUUGUAGUCAGUAUUCCUCGCGAUGGGAAGAGUGGUGUAUUCCAGUACGAUUUUGGUAAAACAAUACAGAAUCAAAAGUUCCAAUCCACGGGGUGCUUGAACCAACCACCAACGGUUCUCCGGUCUUCUGUGAGUCAUUUUGAGGCGCAGUAUAAGAGCAAAAGGCACCGACUGGAACAAACCAUCAACGAUAUCCUCGAGAAAAAUCCAAGACUGAAGAAGAGAUAUCAGCGACCGGACCUGAGCACCGACAGAUUAUAUCUAAGUAGAAUUAUUCAUCCUUUGAACGGAGAAGCAGACUGCGAGGAACUCUAUAAGGAUAAUCCAGCUAUUCAUUACGGCUUGAUUGCUUCGGCAAACCAGCUGAUGAAGGAUGCCUCUGUACGGGAUAGACUUGCAGCAGAAAUGGAUGUUCUGUGUUUUGAAAUGGAAGCGGCAGGGCUGAUGAAUCACUUUCCCUGUCUGAUGAUUCAUGGUAUAUGCGACUACUCGGACUCUCAUAAGAAUAAGAAGUGGCAAGGGUAUGCGGCGAUGGUGGCAGCUGCGUAUGCGAGAGAUCUGCUGGACCGAAUCUCGCCAAAUAAAAUUGAGGCUGAGAGGAGGAUUGGUGACAUUCUCUCCGAGGUACAAGGCACAGUCGGUCAAAUGUCGAGAGACGUUGGGGAAAUCCUCCAUGAGAAACGUGAUCAAGAACACCAAGCCAUUCUUGACUGGAUAACGCAGAUUGACUACGGCCCUCGGCAAAGCGACAACCUUAGGAGGCGACAACAAGGGACUGGCCAAUGGCUUCUGGACUCUACAAAGUACCAAACGUGGCUUGAAACGGAUAAGCAGACGUUAUUCUGUCCAGGUAUUCCUGGAGCAGGGAAAACAAUUCUCUCCUCAAUUGUCGUCGACGAUUUGAGUACACGAUUCAGAGACGACCGUAAUGUUGGGAUAGCGUACCUCUAUUACAACUUCCAGCGGCAAGAUGAACAGAAGCCCGAAGACAUGUUAUCUAGUUUGCUGAAACAGUUGGCUCAAAGUCAGCCUUCUCUGCCAGCAACUGUGAGGUCUCUACACGAUAAGCACAUAAACACGCGGACACGGCCAUCCUGUGAAGAAAUUGCGAGUGCCUUGCAAUCUAUAGCUGUCAUGUAUUCCAGGGUAUUCAUUAUCAUCGACGCACUGGAUGAAUGCCAACCGUCCGACGGCUGCGGGGCAAGAUUUUUGACAGAAGUUUUCGCUCUCCAGGCGAAGAGUAGCGUGAACCUCUUUGCUACUUCGAGGUUCAUCCCCGAAAUUAUAGAAAGGUUUACUGGAAGUGAAUCACUAGAGAUCCGUGCCUGCCAUGACGAUGUACGCAAAUAUCUGGACAAUCGAAUUAGUCUGGAAGGCGAAUCACACAUUCUAAAACGCGUGGAUCUCAGAGAAAGAGUGUCGACCGCAAUUGUAGAAGCAGCUGAUGGAAUGUUUCUCCUAGCAAAACUCCAUCUAGACUCACUUAUGGAUAUGAAAUUCCCAAUACAUAUUAAGACCGCACUGAAUACGCUUCCGAAGGGCUCCGAAGCCUAUGAUUGUGCCUAUCGGGAAGCUAUGGGUAGGGUGAAUCGCCAGGGUCCAAUGACUGUGAAGUUCGCCAAGCAGGUUCUGUCAUGGACCACCUGCGCAAAGCGACCGCUGACUACGUUGGAACUUCGGUAUGCCCUAACAGUAAGAGAGGUUGACGAACCAGAUCUCGACGACAACCUUCCCCAGAUCGAAGAUAUUGUCUCUGUGUGCGCUGGGCUGGUGACAGUUGAUAAAGAGAGCGACAUCAUCCGUUUGGUCCACUAUACGACACAAGAAUACUUCAAUCGAACGAAGGAGGAAUGGUUUCCAACUGUAGAGUCAGAUAUUGCGACAACUUGCGUUAGAUAUCUCUCAUCUAGCUCAUUCGAAAGCGGCUGUUGUGAGACACACGGUAAAUUCAAAGAGCGGCUGAGGCUCCAUCCCCUCUAUGACUAUGCCGCACGAAACUGGGGCCAUCACGCUCGACUCAUUUCAAUAGAAGAAGUGGAAGAACAACACUCAUUUUUACGCUUUCUUGAUAAUGCUCGGGAUUCAAAUGGCCAGACACCAUUGUUCUACGCAGCUGAGAGAGGCCAAGAGACGGUAGUAAAAACGCUACUUGAGAAGAGCGCGGAUCCAAAUUUGCAAGAUGCCAAGGGUCGGACCCCACUGUUUUACGCCGGAGAGCGUGGCCAUGAAGCAGUAGUGGAAUUGCUUCUUGAGAAAAGCGCAGACCCGAAUCUGCAAGAUGGCAAGAGUCGGACGUCACUGCUUUACGCUGUGGAGAGAGGCCACGAAGCAGUAGUGAAAUUGCUGCUCGAGAAUAGUGCGGAACCUAAUUUGGAAGAUGAAAAAAGUCGAACACCAUUGAUCACGCCUUUAGCUUGGUCAAUCGAGCGCGCAUUUGAUACAGGUAUCGAGAUGCUCCUCAAGAACGGCUCCGAGAUGAACUAUUGGUAUAGACUCGAUCUUGUUCGACAUACAGAACGGAGACUUGCGGGGCUUGAUAUUCUAAGUGUAAGUGUACAUGAACUACCUGAGGCAAUGAAGUAA